CAAGCUCUUGAUUGAAGAAGACAUUGCAGGAGGUGGAGAAAAUGGAAUCCAUUAAUAGUGAAGGAGCUAAGUACGAAUGUUUGCUCUUUGACAUGGAUGAUACUUUAUACCCAUUGAGCACGGGCCUCAAUUUUGCUUGCCGAUUAAACAUACAAGAUUACAUGCGACAAUAUUUGCAUAUUGAAGAGAGUUGUGUGCCAAAAAUGUGCGUUGAUUUGUACAAAGAACACGGAACCACCAUGGCUGGUUUAAAGGCACUUGGUUACCAAUUUAAUAAUGAUGAAUUUCAUGAAUAUGUGCAUGGAAAAUUACCAUAUGAUGUGCUCAAAACUGACCAUUUGCUCAGGACACUUCUACUUUCCAUACCACAUCGCAAAAUCGUUUUCACAAACGCUGACAGAGCUCAUGUAGAUCAAGCUUUGAAGAAACUAGGGCUAGAAGAUUGUUUUGAGGAUAUCAUAUGCUUUGAAACCCUAAACCCAUGUAGCCAAAUUGAUGAUCAUAUUAAUGGUGACAACUCUAACCCUUCGAUCCUAUGUAAACCAUCUCUCAAAGCAUUUAGUGAUGCCAUUCGGAUUGCAAAAAUUGAUCCAAACAAAACUAUUUUCUUUGAUGAUAGCACUCGAAACAUCGCGAGUGCUAAAUUGGCCGGUCUGCACACCGUUAUUGUAGGGAGUUCAAAGCUUGUGGAUGGUGCAGAUCAUGCAUUAACAAGUAUCCAUAAUAUGAAAGAAGCACUCCCUGAGAUAUGGGCAGUAAUGGCUAACAAUGAAAAUAUUGGAGAAGCUGAAGAAGAUUUGAUCAUCCAGCCAGAUUCGGUUUAAACUGUAAUUUAUGCUUAGAUUAGCAGUUAGCUCAUACAAUAAACAAUAUCUAUAUAAUUGCUGAUCAAGGGUUCCUAGUUCCUACAUAGAGAUUGAUGAACUAAAAUCUCUAAUCAUGUCCAAUUUACAUUAAAUAAAAUGAAUGAUGGCUGUGGCUGAUGCUACUCUCCAUUUAUGAAAACCAACC